AACCGACAAGCCUCUGCCUGAUCUGUCACUGCAGAAACACUUCGUUGGGCUUUCAAACUAAAAGUGGGUCCCGAUUAGCUCUAAAAAUGGUUCAUUCCAGUCCUGCACUGCACGUCAUCCGAGCCAAGAAUGGUCCGUUCCACCCAGCUGUUGCCCGUUGAUGGUUCGUUCCAGGCACACCCUAUCCGAAAAUGAGGAUGGUUUGAUCCAUCAUUAGAGAACUUUAGCAGUUAUGCCUAUAUAGGACCGCACCAGGGAAGGAGGCGGCUUGAUACGCAAUUAUUCUUCUGUUGUUCCGGUCCGGAGAAGAUUGACGUCUCAUUCCGCGACUCUCAGGGCGCGCGCGGCAGAGGCAAGGCCGGGGCGAUGGAGCGCUGCGCCUGCGUGGAGAGGGAGCUGGACAAAGUGCUGCAGAAGUUCCUGUGCUACGGCCAGCACUGCGAGCGAGGUCUGGAGGAGUUGCUGCGCUACGUCAGCCAACUGAGGGAGGAGCUGGGCGCUGCAGCCUUGCAACGAACGCCACUGUCUGCUACUCUCUCCCUGGUUAUGUCCCAAUGCUGUAAGAAGAUCAAAGACACAGUGCAGAACCUAGCUUCAGACCACAAAGACAUUCACAGCAGUAUCUCUCGUGUGGGCAAAGCAAUCGAUAGGCAUUUUGAUGCUGAUUUGUGUGGCAUUGUUCCUGCUAUGGUCUGGGAGUCUCAAGAGAAGCAGAUCCUGGUGUUGGCCAUCAUAGAGCACCUCUACCAACAAGGGAUGCUGGGAGUGGCAGAGGAACUGUGUCAGGAAUCCACUGUGAAUGUGGAUGUAGACUUUAAAAAGCCAUUCCUGGAACUUAACAGCAUAUUGGAAGCUCUGCACAAACAGGAUCUGGAGCCUGCUCUGAGUUGGGCAGUCUUCCACCGACAGCAGCUGGCAGAAAUGAACAGCAAUCUGGAGUUCCGGCUGCAUCGACUCCACUUCAUCAGGCUCCUUGCUGGCGGUCCAGGCAAGGAGCUAGAGGCCCUGAGCUACGCACGCCAUUUCCAGCCCUUUGCUCACCUCCAUCAGCAAGAGAUCCAGGUGAUGAUGGGCAGCCUGGUGUACCUGCGUUUGGGCCUUAAGAAUUCUCCAUAUAGGCAUCUUCUGGAUGAGAGUCAGUGGACUGAGAUUUGUGAGAUAUUCACUCGUGAUGCCUGUGCCCUGUUAGGUCUCUCAGUGGAGUCACCUCUGAGUGUCAGCUUUGCUGCAGGAUGUGUAGCACUGCCGGUGCUGAUGAACAUCAAGGCUGUGAUUGAGCAGAGACAGUGCACGGGUGUCUGGAGCCACAAAGAUGAGCUGCCUAUUGAAAUUGAGCUUGGGAUGAAAUGCUGGUACCACUCGGUCUUUGCAUGUCCCAUUUUGCGACAGCAGACAACUGAUUCUAACCCACCUAUCAAGCUCAUCUGUGGGCAUGUUAUUUCUCGAGAUGCCCUUAACAAGCUCAUCAAUGGAGGGAAGCUGAAGUGUCCAUAUUGUCCCAUGGAGCAGAGCCCAGCUGAUGGAAAACGCCUAAUCUUUUGAUAAUGGCAUGCCUUGGAGAUGUUCUGGUGAAAAUAGGCUAUUGGGAUAAUGCUUGAUGGAAGGUGGCAUAUGCUGGCAGGAAGGGUCUUCUGCUGUGAACAGUAUUAGCUGCUACACGCUGUGAACUGACUGUAGCUCACUGGGCCAGAGGAGAGCAAUCUUAUGUCUACUGUAAGCCAAGCCACAUUAUUCUGUACUCCUCGCAACAUACAACUUCCUAGGAUUCUUCCUGGGAGCUUUAACUGGCAGUGAUCCUUCCUAGCAAGAUGGUUUACACUCUCCCCAUGCAUAGCUCUACUUGUUGAGAUACAGCUUGUAUCACAAAUAGUACACAGGGAGCUGUUGCUAUUUUUAAAACACUUCAAGAUAAAUCUAGGUCUUUUUUUCUGUUUCAAUCCAUCAGUUGGCGGGGGGGGGGGGAGUCUUAGAGCUGCCUUUCUCUUCCCACUGCCCAAUAUGUGCUUUUGACAAUGGGAAGGAUGGAAUUUAAGUUGGGAGAAGUAUGCUGGAAACUUGGCUUACUGCUAUUUUGAAGAAAAGUUUAAAAUAGGUUGGAAAUGCAAUGGUGAAAAUAUUUGAAUCAACAAAGGUGGAGUUUGGGCCCUCUGUGUACUAAUACACAGUGUAGCUCUUCAAAAAACAAGGGAUAAGUAAUAAGGUGUAUUGUUUCCUAAUGAAAAUAACACAAGUGAAAAACUGGGACAGCACUGUAUUGAAGAAAUUCAUACUUUAUGACAGGUACAUGAUAGCAGCUUGCUGCUUUUGAGUGUUAGAAAGCCUAGCUAAGCUGCUUUAUCUAUUGUGAAGGAGUAGAAAAUGGAGAAAGUACCAUGACUUUGUGCAGGUUGAGAAAGCUGGUAGAAUAGUAACUAUCAUUGAGACAUCUUUAAAAGUAGGUAUACAGUCUAUUUUAUUCAAGAAAUUUGAAGUAAUCCUUUCCCCUGUUGCUGACAAUUCACAGCAUUUGCAAGUACUCAUUAAGGUUACAGAUACACAUCAGAACCUGACUAGGUGAACUAUUUUAGGCAAUGGUCCUAAAAAUGCUCUGUAAUAUGGGAGAAUGGGGGUAUGGAUAAUUAACAGGGAUCUUGAAUCUGAUUUAGAGAUUUGAACUCCCUUGGAACGAGACCCGAAAGUAAUAUUAAAACAACUGGCAGAGUUUAAAUCUGUGUUGCUUGAAGUCUGAACUUAGCUUUGAAAGCUGAGCCCAUUUUUAUUAGAACGGUGAGGGUAAAUAGUUUAAAGCUGUAGGCGCAGGAGUUGGUGCCUACAAGUUGCACUUUAAUUAGAUUUUUGUUGU